AUGAAUGUUAAAGGAGAUGCAAUUAACAGAAAAGUAGAACUAUAGAACUAAUAUAAUUAAAAUAAAAGAUUAUAAAACCAAAACUUGACUAAGGAUCAUUUAGUAUAAGCUCAUUUGUGCCAUUCAGCAAUGCCUAAUAUAGAAAGAGAUUUGUCAAAUAUAUCUCAUAGUUAGUAAGCAAAUAGAGAUAGUUUAAUUUGGUUAUCUGAUAAGAGAGAUUAGUAAAAAAAAAAUAAUGAUAAUGAUGAUUUAAAUGAUGAUAAUUAGAUCAAGAAUGUGUAAGAUUCAAAACCAAAUUUAUUUGUUGGUAAAUAGCAAACGGAUAGUAAAUACUAAAUCGAAAAAUUUGAAUUUAGUGAAUAUGGAAUUUUAGACAGCUUAAGUAUACAAUAGACUAAGAGAUUUACUAUUAAAAGAGGAAUUGAGUUUUUUGUUAUAAAAAACAUUAAAAAGUUUAUAUCAAAUAUUAAAAAAAAAUCAAGAAGACUACUUUUUAAGGCGUUGUCAAAACCUUAAUUUUUAUUGAUUAAUGAUGUCUCUUCAAGCUACGACUACUAUCUCGAAAAUGGAUACUUCAACUUAAGCGUAUUUAUUUUAACAUAAUUUAUUAAUAUUUUUAUCUAUUAAUAAUUAUUCUUAAUAAUUAAUUAGGAAAGAACUUUUAUAGAAAAACAGUUAUAUAGAAUUGGAAGUAAAAUUUAAAUAACUUGUUAUAUAAAUUAUUUUAUAAAUAAAUAUUUCUUUUAAAUUGUUUUAAUUAAAAAUUUAAGUAAAUUACUUUAAUUAAACUAAGUUAGCAAGAUAGUUGACAGGAUUUCUCAAAUAGAAUUAUUUUGCUAUAUCAUUUAACCAGAAUCUAUUUUUAAAUUAGCUUGGGAUGCUUUCAUAGUUUUAUUUAACAUUACGUUUAUAGCUUACAUCCCUCUUUAUCACAUAUUUUUAGAUCUCUUUCCUGAAAAUUUUAGUUAAUAGGUCUUUUUCAUUUAAAUCUGUUUGGUGAUCCUUAUACUAGAUAUAUUUGUUAACCUUAAUUCUGGAAUUUUUAAAAAUGGAUUAGUCAUUAAAGAUAGAACUCAGAUUCUCAAAAAAUAAUACAAAAACUUAAUGUAAAAUUUUCAAUUUAUAAAAAAAUACAAAACUAUUUUUUUUAGAAAAGACUUAUUGAUCUUCAUUUUUAUGGCGUUUUCUAUAAAUGACAAAAAGGAUAGCCCACUUUCAUACUUUAAUUAUAUCGUUUUUUUAAAGAUCAGAGAUGUGAAUAGCAAAUUAGAAGAUUUAGAAUCUAAAUUUAGAUUAAAUGACACAAUGCUAAAUUUACUGAAGCUGUUUAAGCUUUAAUUUUUUAUUUUUUUUAUCGCUCAUAUUAUUUGCUGUAUUUUCCUUAAAAUUGGAUUGGAGUAAGUAAGUUCAGGAUAAAGCUGGAUUGUAUAUUAUAAUCUAUAAUAAGCUAAUUUCCAAGAAUAAUAUUUAAAUAGCCUAUACUUCUGUCUUAUUACUAUGACUACAAUUGGAUACGGAGACAUAAGUCCUAAAACUUUGAUCUUUUAUCCUUGUUGUUAGUGCAAUUGCAUGUGCUAUAUUUGGUUACACUUUUUCAUAAAUAAGUGA